AUGAGACUAGUAGAUGGAAAAGGUUUCUUUUUGUUUAUCAUAUACCUUUCACUUUCCAUUCAAAUUGCUUGUGGUUGGAGCGACACCUUCACUUCAGCUAUUCCAUUGAAGGAUGGAAACAGAAACACCAUAGUUUCCUCUGGUGGAAUCUUUGAAAUUGGAUUCUUCAGCCCCAUGAAUUCAAAGAACAGGUAUAUCGGUAUAUGGUACAAAAAUAUCCCAACAAAAACUGUGGUUUGGGUAGCCAAUAGAGAUACCCCUCUUACUGACAAAUCAGGUGUGUUCAAGUUGACAGAUUCAGGCAUUCUUAGCAUUCUGAAUGAUAAGAACACGAUCAUUUGGUCUUCUAAUAAUACCUCAAGAACCACAAACAAUCCAAUCGCACAGCUUUUAGAUUCUGGGAAUCUUGUUGUGAGAGAUAUGAAUGAUGUCAUCUGGCAAAGUUUUGAUUAUCCGAGUGAUACCUUUCUACCUGACAUGAAGAUUGGGAAAGACUUAGUGACUGGGCAUGAGAAUUAUAUCACAUCAUGGAAAAGUGAUGAUGAUCCUUCUAAAGGAGAUUAUACAUAUGGAUGUGAUCUUCAUGGGUACCCACAUCAAGUUAUUAAAAAAGGACAGAUUCUGUUAUACCGAAGUGAACCCUGGAAUGGAAUCGACUUUGGUGGGAUUUCAGUCCUACCACAGAAUGCUAUUUACAAGUUUGAUAUGGUUUUUAAUAAAAAACAAGUGUUUUUUACAUACAAAAUGAUAAACUCAUCCAUGAUAUCAAGGUUGACCAUGAAUCGAUCAGGUGUUUUGCAACGUUGGGUGUGGUCUGACCAAGUCAACAAUUGGGUUGUUUACUUUUCUAAACCAACACCAGAUGGUUGUGAUAUGGUAUGUGGUGCUUCUGGUAGUUGUAACACUGAUAGCUUCCCAAAAUGUGGGUGUUUGGAUAAAUUUGUGCCCAAGUAUCAAAAUGAAUGGAAUGGGGAUAAUUGGUCAAAAGGGUGUGUGAGGAGGAAACCUUUGGAUUGCAAGACUGAUGGGUUUAUAAAACAUCAAAAUGUUAAAUUACCUGACCCACAAAAUUCGUUGUUUUAUGGGAAUAUGACACUUGUGGAAUGUGAGAAGUUAUGUGUGAAAAAUUGUUCGUGUAUGGCGUAUGCGGAUAUUUUGAAAAAAGGAUUCGGGUGUAUGAUUUGGAUGGGUGAUUUGGUUGAUAUUCAAGAAGCUCCAUCUUAUACUUUUGAAGUCUAUAUCAGGGUAGCCUUUUCUGAAUUAGGUUCUCGUAAGAAGAAGCGGAAAGUAAUUCCAUUGAUCAUGGCAUUAGUUGGUGGGUUGUCGAUAAUUUUGGGCUUGAUUUUAUUUAUUUGUAGAAAAUGGAUGAAAAAUUCAGUGCCAAAGGGUGAAGAUGAACAGAUGGGAAAGGAUACUGACCAACUUUACAAAAAUGAAAGGCAGAAGGAUGAUCUCGAGCUGCCAUUGCUUAAUCUAUCAGAAAUAGUGAAAGCUACACAUAAUUUUUCAUUUGAUAAUAAGCUUGGAGUAGGUGGCUAUGGACCUGUUUACAAGGGUGUUCUUCCAGAUGGAAAAGAAGUGGCUGUGAAGCGACUCUCAAAGACAUCAAAUCAAGGGCUUGAUGAAUUCAAAAAUGAAGUUAUUUGCAUAUCUAAACUGCAACAUAGAAAUCUUGUGAGGCUUCUUGGAUGCUGCAUUCAAGGAGACGAAAAGAUGUUGAUCUAUGAAUACAUGCCUAAUAAAAGCCUUGAUUACUUCAUAUUCGAUGAAAGCCGAAGAAAGUUACUUGAUUGGCCGGAGCGGUUCAACAUUAUGAAUGGAAUUGCUCGAGGCUUGCAGUAUCUUCACGAAGAUUCAAGAUUAAGAAUUAUUCAUAGAGAUUUGAAAGCAAGCAAUAUUUUGCUUGAUUUUCAUAUGAUUCCUAAAAUAUCCGAUUUUGGGAUGGCAAGAAGCUUCAUAGGAAACGAGACACAAGCAAAUACCAUGAAAGUGGUUGGAACUUACGGAUACAUGUCUCCGGAAUAUGCAGUGGAUGGAAUUUUCUCGGUAAAAUCAGACGUAUUUAGUUUCGGUGUUUUGGUGUUGGAGAUUGUCACCGGAAAGAAAAACAGAGGAUUCUUUCACCAUGACCACCAUCAUAACCUUCUCGGACAUGCAUGGAUACUUUAUCAAGAGGGCAGGUCGGUGGAGCUAAUUGAUGAGAAUUUAAGUGGGUCGUGCCAUUUAUAUGAAGUGUUGAGAUCAAUUGAAGUGGGUUUGUUGUGCGUUCAAAGAAAUCCAGAAGAUAGGCCGAGCAUGUCUUCAGUGUCGGUGAUGCUGAGUAGUGAUAGUCAACUGCCACAACCCAAGCAGCCUGGUUUCUUCUACACGGAGCAUCUCCCUCAGCCUCAAGAUGACAUGUCAUCUACCACCCGUGCACCCUCUUCAACUACUGCAAUAACCAUUACACUAGUACAUGGUCGUUGACUAUAUAUAUAAUACAAUGACAGUUAUGCUAGUAAACGUACGUAAAAUAUAUAAAGUAUAAUUUAACAGCUGAAUUGUUGAAUUGUACUUCGUUUUCGCCUCGAAAACUCUAUGAAAUUAGUUUUUUUAUUUUGGUACAUUAAUUGGAGCUGUAUUUAUUUAAGGACCAUCUACGUCAAGAUAUUCCUUAUAAAGACCAAACCUUA